ACUUCUCCAAUCCACAGAGAGAAAUCUUCAACACUCCUCAUAAAUCUUUCUUCACUCUAUAAUCCGAAACCGAAAUUCCAUUUAUCGGAUACAGAAAAAUGUUCGGACAGAGUACAGCCCAGUCCGAUUUUGCCCUUCUCGAAUCCAUUACAAGGCAUUUGCUUGGGGAAUCCGAGAGUCGACUCGGUGCUCAAGUACCCGGUUGCGGCAAUAACCAGAUCUUCUGCCGGAGCUCCAGUUUCGGCAGCUUGUACCCUUGCCUCACCGACACCUGGGGCGAAUUGCCGUUGAAGGAGGACGAUUCGGAGGACAUGGUUCUCUACGGCGUGCUCCGCGACGCCGUCAACGAGGGUUGGGUCCCAUCACUCGCUCCGGGAUCCACUGAACGUUGCGAUUUCGAGUUUUCGAACGCAACCGUGAAAUCCGAACCCGAACUCUUAACCGCGGUGAAAUCGGAGCACGAAAGCUUACCUCCGGUGGUGAACAGGUUGCCUGAGGCUGCGCCGGUGAAGAAGGAGGUGGCGGCUGCGGUCGUUCCGUCGAAGGGGAAGCAUUACAGGGGUGUGCGGCAACGGCCUUGGGGGAAGUUCGCGGCUGAGAUCCGGGACCCGGCUAAGAACGGCCAGCGGGUCUGGCUGGGAACGUUCGAGACGGCUGAGGACGCCGCGUUGGCUUACGACCGAGCCGCCUACCGCAUGCGCGGCUCCCGUGCCUUGCUCAACUUCCCGCUCCGGGUGAACUCCGGCGAGCCCGAUCCGGUGAGAGUCACGUCGAAACGGUCGUCGCCGGAGCCUUCCUCAUCUGUGGAGAGCGGGUCGCCGAAGCGGCUGAAGAAGGCUGACGGCUCGGCGGCUCAGGCGCAAGCCGGGUUGCAAGUGGGUCACCAAGUGGCUUCGUGUCCCCAUGGGCAACAAAUAGUGGUUAGCCAAUGCUGACAGAGGAGGGGGCACUUCAGAAUUUUCGACAGGCACACUGUAAUAUCUUGGGCCAAGCAUAUUGGGCUAUUGGGCUAUCCCCAAAAUUUUGGAAAAUGUCUGGGAGAAAAAUGAAAAUAAUAAAAAAAGAGUGGGUGUAAUGUAUAAGAGAAAUAGGUAGGGUUGUUUGGAUAUGUGAAUACGAACGAGAUUUGUUUA